AUGGCGAUUCCGCCCACACCUACAGGUAUCUUGGACUGCCGAUACCUGCUGCCGUUAGAGAAAGCUAAAAAGAAGCUUGGCGCCCAGUACUUCCCCGAGCACCGCCAGUAUGGCUGGUGCGGAGAUGUGGCUUUCAUCUUGCACAACGUCCUGCACCAUGGCGAGACGGCGCAGUGUGGCGUGUCCGCCAUCGAACCUCUGACCCGUGAAAUUAUCGAAAAUACUCUUAGAUAA